AUGGUCCUCGGCUGGCUGCUGUUUCUGGCGAUGGCUACACCUCCAAGCACGACAGGUACCAAGGAGUGCAUCUUCUGUGAGUUGACCGACUCUACGAAGUGCCCAGGCACCCACAUGCGCUGUGGAGAUGACGAGGACUGCUUCACGGGUCACGGGGUGGCCCAGGGUGUCGGUCCUGUCAUCAACAAAGGCUGCGUGCACUCCACCAGCUGUGGCCGGGAGGAGCCUGUGCAGUACAUGGGCCUCACCUACAGCCUCACCACUACCUGCUGCUAUGGCUUCUUGUGUAACGGUGGCUCCAGCCCCUCAGAGGCCGCCACCAGCCUGGCACUCAGCUUCCUGCUGCUCCACCAUUGGCUGUGA